AUGUCUUCCUCCUGCUCUCCACAACCCUCCCUUGCCACUAUUCCUACCGUCUGGCGCUCCCCAUCGAAUAAACGCGCGCGCCGAACCAUUCCCACCAUCUCAGAGACACAGAAACCCCUGUCCAGCUUCCGCCGCAACUCACUGGGCGCGAAGUUCUCCGUGGAUUUCAACGCUGAGUACAAAGAGUCGAUCGCUCUCGCCAUCCACCCUCCUAUCGUUGCUCUCACUGAAGGGGCGCUGGGAGCACGAAGCAUCCUCUUCGUCGAGAGCCACAGGGAUCACCCCGACCGCUCCUGGGUGCCACCGCGUCCACCGUCGCCAUACAUCCGCCAAGUGGGACAGGCGGAGAGAGACGCCGCCGAGCGGACCGCUGCGGAGUACGCAACCGUGCACGAGAGUGCUCUUUACCCUGUGUAUCGGGGCUGCGAGCGCGGGGAGUUCAUCCGCACUCUCGGUGGAUGGAUUCAGCAGCUGGAGGGGCUGGCGCCCGCCUAUCGAGGCGAGUUGUUUUGUUUAUUCAACUGGAUUCAGCGGACCCAGUUGUGCCAAUACCGCAAGCUGGUGAGGCGGAUAGGGAGACUCGUGCACGGACUCCAAGAGCUGGAGAUGCGGAUGAGGGUGAUGUCCUUCGAGAACGGACUCCCCAGUGAGUCUCGCUGCUUGGAGCGCGUUCUGACAGACUGGAUUCGGAGGGUGACGGAGCAGUACGAGCGGAUGACGAUGGAAGGCGCCCAGGACUGUCAGUCGCUGGCUCGGAGGAGGGAUGUCAUGAAAUCCAUGGGUGAUGUGGUGAUGGACCUGGCAUUUGAGCUGAAGGACGGUGUCCAAAAGCGCGUCGAAGGCAUCCUGGAGGUCCUGGAACAGCACAUAACACAGUGGUAA